GGCGGAGCCUCCCCGCCGCUCGCCCCUCCGCCCGGCCGCUGCGGCAGUGUCUCGGAGGCGGGCAGGCGGCCGGUCCCUCCGGUCCCCCGGCAGCAUCCCGGCCCCGCCAUGGCUGGCGUCGGCUUCGCGGCGCACCGCCUGGAGCUGCUCGCCUCCUACCAGGACGUGAUCGGCGAGGACAGCCCCACCGACUGGGCCCUCUACACGUACGAGGAUGGCUCUGAUGACCUGAAGCUGGCAGCGUCAGGAGGUGGAGGUUUGCUGGAGCUUUCUGGCCACUUUGAGAUUCAGAAGGUGAUGUAUGGCUUCUGCAGCGUCAAGGACCCCCAGGCUGUGCUCCCCAAAUAUGUCCUCGUCAACUGGGUGGGUGAGGACGUGCCGGAUGCCCGCAAAUGCGCCUGUGCCAGCCACGUAGCCAAGAUUGCCGAGUUCUUCCAGGGUGUCGAUGUCAUCGUCAAUGCCAGCAGCGUGGAGGACAUUGACCCAGGGGCCAUCGGGCAGCGGCUCUCCAACGGGCUGGCCCGUGUCUCCAGCCCGGUGCUGCACCGCCUGCGGCUGCGCGAGGACGAGAACGCCGAGCCCGUGGGCACCACUUACCAGAAAACUGAUGCCACCGUGGAGAUGAAGCGGCUCAACCGGGAGCAGUUCUGGGAACAGGCAAAGAAAGAGGAGGAAUUGCGUAAGGAGGAAGAGCGGAAAAAGGCCCUGGAUGCCCGGCUGCGGUUCGAGCAGGAGCGGAUGGAGCAGGAGCGGCUGGAGCAGGAGGAGCGGGAACGGCGCUACCGGGAGCGCGAGGAGCAGAUCGAGGAGCACAGGCGGAAGCAGCAGAGCUUGGAGGCGGAGGAGGCCCGGCAGCGCCUGAAGGAGCAGUCCAUCUUCGGGGACCAGCAAGAUGAGGACGACAGGCAGCAGUUUAGGAAAUCGGAGUCAGAGGUGGAGGAGGCUGCUGCCAUCAUCGCUCAGCGGCCUGACAACCCCCGGGACUUCUUCAAGCAGCAGGAGCGGGUGGCAUCAGGCAGCAGUGAUGCUAUCUCACCAGGCAGCCACAGGACAGGCAGCCAGUCGGACGCCUUCCGCAAGGCCUCGGCAGCGGGCUGCAGCCCCUGCGAGUCCAGCCCGGCCGCCACGCCGCUGGGCGAACCGGGCACCCGCGCGCCCGCUGACCAGACGCCGGCAACGCCCAAAGAGUCCCCCAGCCCCAGCGCGCAGGAGCCCGGGCCAGCCACGCCCGAGCAGCACUGGCCCUUCCCGGGGCCCGAGGACAAGGCCAUCGAGCCCCCCGGGGACGAGCCCAGUCCCAGGCCAGUGUGGACAGCGGGGGGUGAUGCCCUGGGGGACCUGGUGACCCUGGAGCCCACCGAGCCCUCCCUGCCACCUGUGGCUGACGAGCCCCAAACUGGGGAAGCCCCCAACCCCGAGAGCCUCAUCGACCUGUGGCAGAGUGACGGGGUGACUCCCCCAGCUGCCUGGCCCCUGCCUGCUGCCCCUGUCCCCGAGACACCCCCGGCCAUGCUGCCCGAGGAGGGGGCCCUGCUGAGCCUGGAUGAGCUGCCUGAGCCCCCCGCCACCUUCUGCGACGCGGAGCAGGAGGAUGAGGAUGAGGAGGAGGCAGCUGGCGAGGGAGAACCCCAGUCCCAGGAUCUGGGCUGCCAGCACACGCCCCAGGAAGACACCCCGGGCCGAGAGACGCCCCCCAUCACCAAUGGGGAGAUGGCCCCCAAGGACGGGACACCCGGUCGUGGGGAGCAGGCCAGCGAGGGCUACUUCAGCCAGUCCCAGGAGGAGGAGGUGCCCCCCUCUGAGGAGCUGUCGGCCAAAGCCCCCCAGCCCGUCUUCUACAACAAGCCCCCAGAGAUCGACAUCACGUGCUGGGAUACAGACCCUCUGCCCGAGGAAGAGGAGAGCUUUGGGGGGGCCCUGUAAGCCCAGGCCCCGCUGCCGGCACAGGCAGCUCGCCCCGGCCGGCGCGGGGCACGAGGGGGCUGCAGCCGGGGGCCGGGCCCCCCUCACCCCUCUGGGGCCCCGCAGGAUGAGGCCUCCAGGUGGCGGCCGCCCCGCUGCAACCCCGCCCCGGGGCACCUUUUACAGCCCCCCCUUCUCCUCCUCUCUUUUUUAAGUUGUCGGUAGGAGCCGUGUCAGCCCCCCAGCCCUCCCUUAGCAGCCCCCCCCCGGUACCCCAGCGCCCCUUUGGGGGGGACGACACACGCUCGCAUCCCCUGCCCGGCUGUGGGACAGGGUCCUCGUUCUCUUCGUGCCCCCCCGGGAGCCCCCUCAGUACUUUGCACGAGUUCAAAGAAAAAAAAAAAAAAAGAAAUAAUAAUAAUAAUAAAUGAAUAUGGCAAUAAAGUGACCCGACCGAGGCAAGGCUGCGGCCAGCGGCGUCCCCCCCACUCCCCAAACCCCGGCAGGGAGCUGGUGUGGGGGCUUUUACCCCUUCCCCACUCCUUCUUUGCUGGGAGCCCCAUCCUCCCCUGCUUGGCCCCUGCUUGGCCCCUCUCCCCCCAUUCCCCCCGGAAACUUUUUGGAAAGCACAAGUUCUGUAC